GUUUUUAGGCUUCUUGGUGACUGUAAAUAAAGCAUGAUUGUUUGGGACCAUUUCUCCAAGGACCAUAAUAUUUUUGGGAACUGCCUUUUGACCAGAGACUGCUUUGACCAAUGCUUUUUUUUUUUACUGCUUAGUCUAGAUUCUAUAUUCCACAUAUAUUUGAGGAAAUGGAAAUUCGAUAGGCCUAGUGAAGGAGGAAGCUGUGCAGUGUAGCCUAGCUUUUAAUUAAAAUUGGACGUUAUUUAUGUUUCGUUUUAAUUUUAAUAUAAUAAACGCUGUAUUUUGCUGUGUGUGGGAAAGCUUGCUGCUUAUUGUAGUACUUAGACUUAGUGUGUAGUGUAUGGGUGGUUGUAUAGUAGUAUAGUAUCUAGAUUUCUAGAUCGAGGAAAUGACAUGAUGGAUCUGAUGAUGCAAGUCAAACCAAAGAGUGAUUCUGAACUGGAUGAUUCUGCCUCACAACUGUCUGUUGGAGAUAGAGAAGAUCUUAAAGAACAAAACUGUCAUAAUGUCAACAACAAUUGUUUUGAUAGCAAUGGUACAAACAAUGAGCAUACUACUUCAUCAUUGAUAAUGCAAAUGAAGCCUGGCAUUGUUGAUGGUUGUGAAUACAAGACAGAGAUUCAUCAAAAGGAUCCGUGCGAACAAAUAGAUCUAGUUUCUUUGUCCAGUGGGUACAGUGAACCUGUGAAAAUAAGACAAAUGAUCUUUAAGGCAACGUCUAAUAAAGGUGAAAAUAAUGUCAGCGAACAUGAUCACUCAACGGGUACAGAUGGAGUGGGAAAGGAAACAUCUAGCAGUGAUAUUUACGAGGAGGAUGUUUCUAAGGGUAAUAAGCUUGUUGCUCAUCAAAUGGUACCAGUACAAGAAGAACCUCUAUCGUUUAAGAUAAACAAAAACAGUGACAUUGGAUCACAGGGUGCUGAGCAGCCCAUCGGUGGCCGAAGCCAGAGCAGAAAAUCAUCCAGAAAGCGCAAGUCUGCUUUCCCUGUCAAGCUCCAAAUAUGCGACUCCAGCUGUUCUUGCCAUGAUGGUCAGAGGUCAGAUGAGUUGAGCUCUGGAAGUGCUGAUCGUGUCCCUGAGUAUUCUGAAUGGCCUAAUAGUAGUGGUAUGCAGGAUGUAGCUGAAGGAAAUGCUGUAUCUGGCAGUGACCACCCUCCAGAGUUCAGUCCCCUUGGAACGCAGAACAGAAUGCAUGGACAAAGAUCAAGUGGUACUUUUGAUGUAAAUGCCAGUUCUUCUUGUAGCCCGUCACAAGAAAUGCUGGAAGAUACUUAUUCUGAACAAAAUGAAUGUGAUCUGCCAGGGGCUUCUAGCUUUACGGACAGCAGAGGAACUCCCUCGAAGGAAAAACCAUACAAUUGUGAGUUUUGUAAUGCGGAGUUUGCUCACCGGGGCAGCCUACACAAGCACAAACGAAUACACUCAGGGGAAAAACCAUACAAAUGUGAAGUUUGUAAUGUAGGGUUCACACUGAAUAGUCACCUACAGAGGCACAAAAGAAUACACACUGGGGAAAAGCCCUAUAAAUGUGAAGUUUGCAAUGCAGGAUUUACAGACAGUGGCCACUUACAGAGACACAAAAAAAUACACAUUGGAGAAAAGCCUUAUGAGUGUGAAGUUUGUGGUGCGGGGUUUACAAGGAGGAGAGAUCUGAAAAGACACAACAGUAAACACGUAGGAGAAGAGAAUUACAGUUGUGAGUUCUGUGAUGCCCGGUUCGCUCAGAGUUAUGACCUCUUGGAACACGUGCGAAUACACACUGGAGAAAUGCCGUACACGUGUGACAUUUGUGGCUCAAGUUUUGCACAGAAAAGUGGUCUAAACAGGCACCGAAAAGCGCACGCGGGAGAAACGCCUUUCAAGUGUGAAAUCUGCGGUGCAGGAUUCACCAGGAGUGCUGAUCUGUCAGCUCACAGAAGAAGACAUAAUGGAGAAUUGCCUUUCAAGUGUGAGUUUUGUGGUGAAAGUUUUGCGCAGAUUGCCGGCCUGCAUAGUCACAAGAAAAUACAUCUAGAAUUGCCGUAUAAAUGUGAUAUAUGCGGUGCUGCAUUUGGACAAAAGUCACAGCUGACUGUUCAUCGAAGAGUGCAUACGGGGGAAAAGCCAUACAACUGUGUAGUUUGCGGUACAUCGUUUGCACAGGUAGGCCACCUUAAUGUUCACAAAAGAAUACAUACGGGAGAAAAACCAUACAAGUGCGAUGUGUGCAGUUCAAGUUUUGCGUCUAACAGUGAGUUACGGAAUCAUAGAAGAACCCAUACAGGAGAAAAGCCUUAUGUAUGUGAAGCUUGUGGUAUGCGUUUUGUGGAGAGUGGUCACCUACAGCGCCAUAAAAGGACACACACAGGAGAGAAGCCGUACAAGUGCGACAUAUGUGGAGCUAGGUUCAGAGGGCGCAGUACCCUAAAGAGCCAUGGAAGAACACACACCGGGGAGAGGCCAUACAAAUGUGAAAUAUGUGGGGCAGCAUUUACUCAAAGUUCGGGCCUCAAGAAGCACAAUCUUAUACAUACUCGUUGGAGAUUUUGUGCGAUGGAAGAACCAGUAGCAGCAGUGUCGUCGUCGUCGCCUUCUAUGGUACGAGCUAAACUCAAAGUCAAAGAUUCUGACGAUUUGGUAAUUCCUGAUGAAUCUGUUGAAGAAGAGAUAGAUCGAGACGGCAAUGACUUCCAAGGUGAAAACCUCUCUAAAUUUGAACAGCAGUUGGUGAGGAAAAAUACUUCCUUUCAGUCGACACUAAUAAUGCAAAUGAAACCUAACAUUGACCAUGGAUGUGAAGAAUACGAGACAGAAAUUCACCGCAAAGAUGCAUCAUGUAAACCAGUGGUUUCUUAUUGUAAGGGUUCCCCUGAAUCUGGAUACCAAAGUCAAAACAUGAACAAGUUUCAACCAAUUAUGGAUGACUAUGCUGCUGAUGGGUAUUUUUCUCAGAAGACAGCUGAAACAGAACCAACUGACAGUGUUGAUGAUUGUAAGGAUGCAGACAGCAGCAACCUUCUUGUAGCUCCUAGUAUUGCUGAACCAAAACAGCACUCAUCUGUGAUAAACAAAAGUAAUGACCACAGCGCACCGACUGCAGAGCAACCCUGUGUAAGUCAAAGCAGUAAAUCAUCCAGAAGCAGAAAGCGCAAGUCGUCCGUCCCUGUAAAGCUCAAGGUGUACCCCACAGCCACGGACGGUUUUUUUCAAGAGAAUGAGAGUUCAGACAUAGAACCCGAUGUUUUGCCUGACAUUAGUUCUGAUGGUGCUGAAGAUGUCCAUGGGUACUCACAAUGGCCUGGCGUAAACAAAGGUCUGCUGAAUAUAGUUUCAGAAGGUGCCUUCUCCAGGACUAACUUUCCACCAGCCCUCAGCCAACCAACAAAACCACUGGACAGGAGACUGGGCCACAGCUCAAGUUGUACGUUUGAGAAUCGUCCAGAAUCUUUGUACGGUUCAUCAUGUCAAGGAAAACUGGAAAAGACACAGCUGAGACAAGCGAAGGCUACAUGUACUCUUCUGGAGAACCCAAUUUUUGUCAACGGCAAAAAGAAACGCAUUCGGCCGAGACCUUACAAGUGUAAUUAUUGUGGUGCUGGCUUUUCAGGGACUGGCAAUCUUCAGAGACACAAAAGAACCCACACAGGGGAAAAGCCUUACAAGUGUGUUAUUUGCAACGCUCAGUUUGCUGAAAGUGGCCAUUUAAGGAGGCAUGAAAGAACGCACACGGGAGAAAAACCCUACAAAUGUGAACUUUGCAGCGCUAGUUUUGCACAGAGUGGAGACCUCAGGAGGCAUGGAAGAACACACAUUGGGGAAAAGUCUUACCGGUGUGAAAUUUGCGGUGCUCAGUUUGGUGAAAAAAGCCACCUGCAGAGGCAUCAUAGAACACAUACGGGAGAAAAGCCUUAUAAAUGCGAGGUUUGUGGUGCAGGGUUUGCAGAACGCGGCAACCUGCAGAAACAUGAGAGAACUCACUCUGGGAAAAGGCCUUACAAGUGCGACAUUUGUGGGUCGAGUUUUGCCCAGAGUGGGAGUCUACAGAUACACCUGAGGACACACACAGGUGAAAGACCUUACAAGUGCGAUAUUUGUGAUGCAGGAUUUUCGCAGGCUGGUAACCUGCAGAGGCACAAAAGGCUACACGCAGGGAUCAAGCGAAAACGCCCAGACUCUGCAAAGAAAAGGUUGCUUGAACCUGAGAAAAAUGGUCCAGAAAUCAAAUGAUGAAGUGUAUCAGUUCUGCCAGUUCUGUCCUCUCUCUCAUCAGUGUCUGUGGUGUAAUUUUUGGCUUUUUGCCGUUGCAAGCAGAAGACACG